AUGGAAAAGGCAUUGUCAUAUUCUGGCCUUAUAGCUGGACCGAGGAACAUGACCAUAUCCAGUGGUUUCUACAGCCUCAUCAGAGCCAUCAAAAGGCCAACUCAAAAGGGGGAAGAGGAACGUAUUGUGCAAAAGGAGCUGGAACUCAUUAGACAAAACUUGUCCCAACCUGACAUCUCUAUGAAAAAGAUGAAAGAAUUCAUGGUUCGACUCAUCUAUUGUGAGAUGCUGGGCCAGCCAGCUACCUUUUCUUACAUCCAUGCCAUUAAGAUGGCCCAGCAAGGUGUGCUUCUCAACAAGAGAGUUGGAUAUUUGGGAGUCAGUCUGUUCCUAAACAGUCAGCAUGAGCUGAUCCUGCUGUUGAUCAACACCAUUCAGAAGGAUCUGAAUAGCACCAAUGUUCUUGAUGUGUGUGGAGGAUUGACAGCAUGUUGUAAUCUCAUUGGACCUGAGAUGCUUCAGGUUGUACUACCGCUGAUAGAGCAGAAUGUACAACAUCAACAUGAGAUUGUCAGAAGGAAAGCAGUGCUGGUUCUUCACAGCUUUGUAUUGAAGUGUCCUCAUCUCAUUGGUCAUAUGAGAGAAUAUUUUCAACAGGCUUUGUGUGACAGGUCACCAGGAGUCAUGACGGCUGCGUUACACAUCUAUCAAACCCUUGUUAAGGAACACCCUGAGCAUCACAAGUCUUUGGUGCGUCCUCUAACCAGUAUUCUGAAACAGGUCGUGCAGAGGAAGCUAUCGCAGGAGUAUGAAUUUCGAGGUGUUCCCGCCCCUUGGUUGCAGAUUCAAAUUCUGAAGAUGCUUGCAAGACUGGGGUUCAAUGAUCCAAAGACAAGUCUAAUGAUGUAUGAUGUGUUAGAGGAGGUUUUGGAGUCUUCCAACACAAUAUCCUUGAUAUCCUGUGGUGUCCAGUAUGAAUGCAUCAUGACCAUUGCAAAAAUCCAUCCCAAACUGGACCUGUUGAAGAAGGCUUCUGUCUGUAUAACAAGGUUCUUGAAAUCACAAAGCAACAAUCUCAGAUACCUAGGUGUGAAUGCAUUAGGAGUCAUCCAUAAAGUUCAUCCUGAAUUCAGUAUAGAACACCAGAUGACCGUUGUAGAAUGCUUAGAGGAUGAGGAUCCAACGAUAAAACAAGCAACACUGAAUUUACUCUAUGAGAUGUGCAAUACGGACAAUAUAAGUGUGAUUUUGGACAAGGUCUUAGAUCAUCUGAAUUCUGGCAAGGAUGAGCGUGACCACAGUGAACAUAUACACAGGAUGGUUUCUUUAGCGCAUCAAUUCCAUCCCAGUAUAAGAUGGUAUGUGGUCAUCAUAGUAAAAAUUCUUCAUCUACAUAGUACCGAUGUUCCUCCAAACACAAUCAAUAAUCUCAUUACUUCAAUUCAAAGGCACGAACCCAAAGAAUCGGGUUUGGUUUCUUAUCUUGUUGAAGAGAUGCUCACGUUAUCCAAGCAAGCACAUCUUAGAGAAGAUUUGAUUAAGCUCAUAGCAUGGGUUUUAGGAGAGUAUAGUCACUCAGAGAAGUCCACUGUCCCUGGUUCUGAAGCUAUGGCUGGACUGUCUGCACUACUCUCCAAACCAAUGUCCCCUGCUACCAGAAGUUGUGUAGUGACAGCCAUUACCAAAGUAGUCUUGAAGAGUGGACUAGCAGCAGAAGACGUCACCAAGGUUGCUCGAACUGCCCAAAAGAAUGUUCAUCUCAAACAGGUUUCUUGUGAACUAGAAGUGCUCUCUUCACAACCAGAACUGAUUACAGCAUUGCCAAGUAUAGCUAAGAGUCAGUUUGACUGGACUUUAUCGUUUCUGGAUGACUAUGUUUCCGAUGCCUUGGGAAACGGAGCUGCUCCUUACAAGCCCAAACAGCAAAGAUCGGCAGAAAAACAUAAUAGUCCCGAAGUGAUGAGGCCUUUCCUGUCCGGUCUGAAUUUCAGGCCGUAUGAGUCCCAUUCUGCAUCAGUGAUGACUCCUACAGAAUCUUCUAGCUCUGUACCCGUCAACAACCAAGAAUCUUCCUCGUGGUCACCGUCUCAGUCCCUUAGCUCUGGGGCCACAGGAAACAGUGUUGAUACAGAGUUAGCAACGAGACCAUCUUUGAAAACUGAAGGUAUCCAGAAAGUUUGGAGCCAGACUGGAUACAGUAGAGCUAAUAAGGAUAUCAACAAGAAGAGGCAAUCACCAAAGAGAAACAAUACUGUACAACCGAGAGGGGAAGAGAGCAGGAAAGAACCUCCAGUACAGAUGAGUCCAGUAACAGCGGUUGGAAUGACAACUAUUCAUCCAGCUGAAAGUGAAGAGGAGAAAAGGAAACAAGAAUUGGCAAAGGCUUUAUUUGGUUCUGCGAGGAAGCAACCAGAGCAAAAUGAGGUACCCCAGCCCCGAAUGAAAUCCUCUUCCACUGCCAAGCCGUCGUCAUUGAAAGAGACAGCCGGUCCCGAAGCCUUUGCAGAUUACUGCACGGAAGAGGGUCUCAGGAUACGUGGAGACAUGGGCCGGAAUAUCCUGUUGGAUAUCGGAAUCCCCAGUGUGGCAGAUGAAGGAAGCACUCCACAUGGUCAUUCAUCGAUCCUGCAUGGCUCCAACCGACAUAACGACUCUAAGACUAUCAAUCUUGACAUGCUGCCGAGAGAUGUUGGUGAUUUGAAAUCAAAGUCAAACCAUGGUGUUUCUUUGCUCGAUGAUGAUGAUCAAACUUUACCGUCCUUGCCGGACAGUCUGGAGACCUGUCCCAGUAGUCAGGUAGCAGAAGAACUGGUGUUUGACACCAACGUAAGACUGACGAUGAGGAGAGUUUGGCAGAAUGAAGCUCUCGCUCUGGUUUUCUUUGUCUCUGCACUCACGCCGGUCGAGGAAGUGAGGAUAACCUUAGAUGUCCCAUCAAAUAUGAAGUGUACGAUAGACAAUGAAGAAACCAAUGUGAUGGUUGUUCCACCAUCCGGAGUUUCACAAGCCAAGUUGAUGUGCAAUGUACCAGCUACUAACAUGAGUCUAGGAGGAGAGCUCACAUUUAAGGAUCCCACCAAAACUCUCAAAAGACUGUUCUUCCAUGCACCGAUUCAUAUCAAAGAUUUAUUGAGAACCAAAGAAAUGACUACAGAGGAGUUUGGAAAACUUUGGACUGAACUGAGCUUAGAUCAAAGACUAAUCCAGGAUGCCAAGGGCUGGACAAUUACAAGUAUCAUGAACAAGAUGACUAGUUUGCAUCUGUUUCCUGUUGAGAUUAUAGGUGAGGAGGGUAUCCUUGCUACAUCUCUUCUCCAGUCUUCUAUCUGUUUGAUUCACCUCAAACUUAACAGUAACAAACUAGACAUCUGGGUCAAAACCAGAAGUAAACUCCUUUCUCAAAUCCUUGCCAAGAAGUGUACCAGUGUCAUAGAGGAGGGUCAAAAGAAGGAGUAAUAGAGCUUCAUAAGCUGGAUU